CACAUAUAAUGUUUAUUUAAGGGAGAAGGGGAGCAGGUGAUGGUGGGGAAACUUCUUUGAAGAAUGCUACCCAUUUGUUUCGGGUACUUUUUGCAAGUACUGUAUGUAGAAAGAAGGUUGUCCCAUUAUAUCUCUUGCAGGAAAUCCUGUGUGAAGAAGGUAUCUGUCUCCCUCUAAACCACACUUGAGUGAGUUGGCUGGCACACACAUCCGCAGACAUACACAGUCACACAUGCACAUUCCCUCCAGCUUUAAAUGAAUUCCUAUUGGAUUUGCACCCGACAUGGGCUCAGAACUGGUCGAAAAUCGGAUUUUGCCAUCUACCUUUUGUGGGGGGGGGGGGUAGGAGUUAGGGCUUGCUUGGAUCAUUUAUUUAUCUUAUGCGCAUUAAGAAACCACCAUUAGGCUUUGGUGGGAGGCGCUAUACUUUUCCUGAAACCCAGCCUGCUUCCUUUGACUCUGCACUAGGAAUACACAAUUGAAUCGGGGAGCUGCAAGGUUGGCAAAAGCUGGCUUCUGCUUGUGUCUCUAUCCAGUGUCUCCACAGAUAUUUCUUCUCCCCCACUCUCCCUUUUUAAAUAGCUAGUUUGGACAUCAAGUGGGUGUACUUUAAAAAUAAUAAUUGUGGAUUUCUUUUCUUUUCUUUUUUUCUUUUCUCGGAUACCCAGCCCCUCACCCGACUCUCUGUUUUCCUUUUUUCCUUGGAGUACUAAUGCUGAAAAGAGAGCUUGCCCGAGUUUGGAUGUCAGGUUGGUCCUGGCGCUGGUGCUGAUCCUGGAUGAGAAAAGGAGAGAGGGAAAAGCUGUGGUCUCCUCUCCCUCCGCUCUGCUUUCGGAUUGGUCUCUCUCUUAAAGUGCUGUCCAAGGGUUGGCUGCAGGACCGCUGAAUAACAGGUGCAUUUCGCUGCUCCGUCGCUCUCAAAGAAGCAGCCGAGGAAUGCUAGUGCACCAAGGCUGGAGAGAAGAGGGAGGAGAGGAAAGAGAGGGGAGAAAAAAUUGAAGAGGGGUGGGUGAAAAAUCGCCUGUAAAGUGGGACCGGUUCCCUGUGUUGGAAUGUGGCUUGGUGUUUCUCCAUUCGGAUGGUUGACAUCGUAAAAAAUCCAGAAGGUUGAUUGCUGUGACUUGCAAGGAAUCAAAGGAAGAAGAAAAAAAAAAAGGAAAAAAAAGAGGGGGAAGGGAGGGAGACGGGUGGCGGUGGGGGUUGUGAGAGAAGAACCCCGGGGAGCGCCGAGGGGCAAAGGAGGAGGAUGUUGGAAAGGCUCCUGUGUGUGGAUGGAGACAGCAUGGUGACGGGGCUGAUUCGGCAGAUGCUCGGGGGCCAACACAGGAGGAGAGCUCAUUUUGGGAAAGGACCAAUGCCCCGCUAUUAACUGACUUCGAGCCUGGAAGACUGGUGAUUUUGUGGGGAAAGGUUUUUCCCCCGCUACUCCUUUCCUCCCUCCCCUCCCCCAUUUCUUUCAGCGCCUCCUUCCCCUCUCGCUGUCUCUCUCCCUUUUUAUUUUUGGGGGGGGGAGGGAGGGAGAGUGGGGGAAGGGUGAAGAUUCGCAUGCUGCUGCUGCUGCUGCUGCUGCUGCUGCUGCCGCCGCUGCUGCCGCCGCCGUCGUCGCCACCGCUGCUGCUGUUUUCCGCCCGCCGGCUCCCGGUCCCUGAUGUCUCUCUGGCUUCCUCGCGGGGGGCGAAGGUGAAAAGGCUCCUAGGAUGAGUGAAGGGGCGAGCGGUGCCUCCCCACCUGGUGCCGCUUCUGCCGCUGCUGCUACCGCGGCCGCCGCCGCCGCCGCCGCCGAGGAAGGGGCAGCGGCGGCGGCGGGAGGGGGCCCGGACGGGGAAGGGGCGGCCGAGCCCCCCCGGGAGUUACGCUGUAGCAACUGCAUUGUAUGGAACCGGCAGCAGACUUGGCUUUGCGUGGUGCCCCUGUUCAUCGGCUUCAUCGGCCUGGGGCUCAGCCUCAUGCUCCUUAAAUGGAUCGUGGUGGGUUCCGUCAAGGAGUACGUGCCCACCGACUUGGUGGACUCCAAGGGGAUCGGCCAGGACCCCUUUUUCCUCUCCAAGCCCAGCUCCUUCCCCAAGGGCAUGGAGACCACCACAACCACGACUACCACGUCCACCUCCACCUCUACCCCGUCCUCCGGCACCGCCUCCUCCAGGACGCCCAACCGGAUUAGCACCCGCCUGACCACCAUCACGCGGGCACCCACUCGCUUCCCUGGGCACCGGGUGCCCAUCCGGGCUAGCCCCCGCUCCACAACGGUGCGGCACACCGCAGCCCCCCCGACAGUACUCUCCACCACGGUCCCCUUCUUCAGCAGCAGCACGCAGGGUUCCCGCCCACCCCUGCCAGGGGCCCCCAGUACCCAGCCAAUGCCCUCUUGGCCCACUGCGGCAUACGCUACCUCCUCCUACCUCCACGACUCUACUCCCUCUUGGACCCUGUCUCCCUUUCAGGAUUCUUCCUCCUCCUCCUCCUCUUCCUCUUCCUCCUCCACUACCACCAUCACACCAGAAACUAGCACCAGCCCCAAAUUUCAUACGACCACAUAUUCCACUGAACGAUCAGAGCACUUUAAGCCGUGCAAAGACAAGGAUCUGGCAUACUGUCUGAAUGAAGGAGAAUGCUUUGUGAUUGAGACCUUGACGGGGUCACACAAACACUGCCGGUGCAAAGAAGGCUACCAAGGAGUCCGCUGUGAUCAGUUUUUGCCGAAAACCGAUUCCAUCCUGUCAGAUCCAACAGACCACUUGGGAAUUGAAUUCAUGGAGAGUGAAGAAGUUUACCAAAGGCAGGUGCUCUCAAUUUCCUGUAUCAUCUUCGGUAUCAUCAUUGUGGGCAUGCUCUGUGCUGCAUUCUACUUCAAAAGCAAGAAACAAACUAAGCAAAUCCAGGGGCAGUUGAAAGAAACCCAGAAUGGUAAAAAGUACAGCCUCAAUGCCUCCAGCAUGAUGGCCAAGUCUGAAAACAUGGCACAGAGCAGAGGCCAGCAGCAAAAUUAUUCAAAAACAGAAAGGCAUUCGGGGCGCACAUUGGAGAAAAUGAUGGAAUCCAGUUUUGCUGGCAACCCACCUUUUCCAGAAGCGCAUUCUCCUGACAGAGGAAGCCAGUCCUUCAAACACCACAGGAGUCUUUCUUCAUGCUGCAGCCCAGGGCAGCGGACUGGGAUGCUACACCGGAAUGCUUUUCGAAGGACACCACCUUCUCCAAGGAGUCGACUCAAUGGGAUGGCGGGACCAGCGUAUCAACAAUUGGAAGAGGCAAGGAUUGCAGAUCAAGACACAAUUCCUUGCCAAGGGUAUCCUUCUAAUGGAUCAAAACCCCAACAAAAAACAACAAUAAAUAUGCAACUGCCUUCAAGAGAGACAAAACCCUAUUUUAAUAGCUUGGAUCAAAAGAACCUAGUGGGAUACUCAUCCACAAGGGCCAGUUCUGUUCCCAUCAUCCCUUCAGUGGGCUUAGAGGAAGCCUGCAUGCAAAUGCCAGGUAUUUCUGACAUCACAAGCCUCAAAUGGUGCAAAAACUCCUGUUCUGCUGAACUUGUCAAUGUGAGUGGUCCAGUCAGCAAUUGUCUAAUAGUAGAACAACAAGAAGUAAAAAUAUUGCUAGAAACUGUCCAGGAGCAGAUUCGGAUUCUGACUGAUGCAAGAAGGUCAGAGGACUAUGAACUGGCCAGUGUUGAAACUGAGGACAGUGCAAGUGAAAACACAGCCUUUCUACCCAUGAGUCCUGUGGCCAAAUCAGAACGAGAGGCACAAUUUGUCUUAAGAAAUGAAACACAAAGAGACUCAGCAUUGACCAAGUGACUUGGGAAAUAAGAAUCUGUGCAUUCAAUGCUUUGCUAAACAGGAAAGAGAGGAAAUUAAAUACAAAUUAUUUAUAUGCAUUAAUUUAAAAGCAUCUACUUAGAAGAAACCAAAUAGUCUAUCGCCCUCAUAUCAUAUAGUGUUUUUUAACAAAAUAUUUUUUUAAAGGGAAAGAAACAUUUCAGGAGGGAUAAAGCUUACAUCAAAAGCUUUUUGGUAGGAUUCUGAAUACACUUUCAGUUAGUUUUAGCACUGUUCUCUGGCUCUUAGAAGGCUUGGGCUAUACGUAAAUACCACUACAAAAGUUCAUUGUUGGGCUUAGAUCCAUUUGGGGUUUCAAGGUUUAAAUACAGAAUACUAUUCACUGAUUACAGACUUUUUGGUGAAUAGGUCCUUACAGCCUUGCUGGAAUAUGCUCAAACCUUUAACUUCUUGUCUACCCAACAGGCUCACUGGAGGAUCCACUGUAGCAACAGAUUUUAAUCUUCCCUAUCCGAUUUUGAAAUAAUGUCACAAAAUAUUUAAACUCUGGAAUGGUCAGAAGCACAGGAGAUUCAGGUGUCCUCCAAAACUCUACAGUGCACUCUGAGAGAGUAAGAAUUUCAAAGGGUUUUAAAGAACUAGAGCAUGAGAAAGUUCUAAAUUUGGCACUGGUAGAAACAAUCAACCCCCACAAUUUGUCAUAGAAUAUACCAUACAAAAAAACAUCCUUGGAAGCUCUUGCUUUUCAAAGGAAUACUUGUAGGGAUAUGGGUGUUGGUAUGUGUAUCCAUGUAUAAGUGUGCCUGCAUGUACUCACAUGAACCUGUGUGUAUGUGUGGGGGCUUUCUUUUCCCUUAAUUUUUAUUUUCUUCUCAGAUAAGUCAGGGAAUCCAAAAUUCAGCCAAAUAUGUUGCCAUUUAAGUCCAAAUUUCAUUUUCCCUUUAAUUUUCUCCAUUCUAUAUAAAUUUAGUAAGCUGUAGGAGCCCUAAGUACUCAUAGUGGGAUUCUCUUAAGCUCUUAGACCUUUUUCUGCCAUUUUUAGGAGGAACCAAACAAUAGUUCACCAGAUGACAUUAAAUCAUGUACUGCCUAAGUGAAGGUGUAUUUUUUUUGAAAUUAUGAAUGAUGUCUAUUCACAUACCUGACCAGAUAGCCUUCUCAUCUUCAUUAUCAAAAAAGACUGCUAUUUAUUUUUUUAUCUAGUCUAUCCCACAUGAAUUAAGGCAUUCAGCUUCUCUUUUUAAACAGGGAGGGAUAAAUUACUAGAAUGACACAUACCAAAAUCCCCAGUCCACAGGGAACCCCUUGAUGACCUAGUAAAUUGUGAUAUAUAUAUAUACAUAUAUAUUCAUUUAGAAUAAAGCAAUAUUUUGACCACUAUCAACACAAUAUCAGCAUUUUCUAAGGGUUUACUUUUUUACCUUUUCAUAGGCUAUUAAAGAAAACUGGCAUUCUCAUAAUCAGAAUUUUUGGCCACCUGGACAGUUUUCAUUAACAUGACAUUUCUAAGGCUACAAUCUUUAUGUUUUCACUAAGAAAGGAAAUGAGAUUGAAAGGGAACCAGUCUUCUAAAGCACAUUGGAGAAUUUUUGCUUAGAACUUCACAUUGUUGAUUAUUAUUGCACAGAAGGGCUUUGGGUUAUAAACCCUUAUGAAGCAAACUUGGAUAUUAUACAUUUUCCAUUGUAAAAUAAUUUGAUAUUGAGAAGUGUAGUGAAGAGAAGAUGUAGUGAAGAGUCCCUUAUGGAGGAGAUACCGAAUUAAGCAACGUGUUUCAAAAAUAAGCUUAGUUUCAAGUAGGAGAGCAACAAAUUCUUGAUGCUUCCUUUGAUUUUAUUGAGGGUUCUGAAUUUGUUGUAGUUACUACGUUGUGUGUACUGGAAAAAAUUAUGGCUCAUAUAUGAACUGUUCUUCCAAGUUGUUAGCUUGAUUCAAUAGAGAACCAUUCAUGGUAAUUAUCUAAUGAAGAUGAAGGACCUUUUCAAUGCUACGCUUAUCUAAAUUAUUUGUUUGAAUGGGAAAGACAAGAGUGAGAAGGGUAAGCUUUUAAGUGGUAUGCCCCAUUCUCUAUACACAUAACUUCCUGUUGGAUGGAAGUUGUGAUUUUGCCAAUGUGUUCCCAUAGAAUGUAUGAAAGGUACAGGUGAGUGUAUGAAAGCCCAUUAUCUAAAGUGGUUUCCACAAAGAUAGAAUCUGUUCCUCAGCUAUAUCUGUGCACUCUUCAGCUAGCUGGAGAAGUUAGACAAUGUGUGAUACCUAACAAAUCCAUUAAUAUCUUAGUUGUCCUGCAAAGACUGAAGCUAGCCAAUUGCAACCAAGGUUGGUUACGCCUUCCCAAAUGUCUCUGUUAAACUAUUUAAUAAAUCAUCCUCUGAUUGAAAAAGUUAAAAACAAUUCCAUGCUAUCUUUAACUAUGUAAUGACAUCUCAUAUACACGGGAUCCAAGGAGAAAAGAGUAUGUGCUUUUGAUCAUACACAUAUAAUCCCAAAGAAAUCCCAUCAUCAUCAAUGAAGUGGACUUAAUGUUAUUCAACUGGGGUCUCCUUUUUCUGAUUCAUUAUCAAUUAAUUUUUGAGCAAAACAUUUCUAGCAAAUGAUGAAGGAUUUACUCUGCCUAUUUUGGGAAAUGCCCCAUUUCAAAAAUGUACCAGUAGAAAAUAUGUAUCCAUAUGUAUGAAUUGAAAAGAUCUGCAUAGAAACACUUUAAAAGUCAUCACAAACAGCAAACACCUGGAGCUUGUCAGUACCUUGCCCUUGGAGCUCAUUUGCCUCCAGGCAAAUCUAUGUGGUUCAAAAAGACACUGAAUUUUUUAAAUGUUUUUUUACCCCUUGUUUAUUAUGUGAACAGGAGGCCUCGGUUUUGUUUAAUUGAAUUUGUUAUUCGUCCUCCAUUUCAAAACGAAGUUUGCCUCUUGCUUUAUAUUAUUAAGGCACUUCUUUCUGGCGCUUCACUAAAAUCAGUUAUUAUUUACCAGAAAUGGCUAAAAAAUGUUAAUGUCACUGGUGAGUGGGAGAUGGAGGGUGUCCUGGAAGAAGCACUGGAAAUAGAAAAUUAACCUCCAGAACUUCCCUCAGUUUCUUGGAGAAGCAUGGUAUGGUGAGUCCCAUUAUGUCUCUGCAGGUGGGCAUCCCACCUUGCUAUGAGCUAAGGACUUGGCAUUUGCAAAUUAAUCACAUAUCUAGAGGGCUUUCAUUACUUUAAGUGACAAAAGAAAGAUGUGUACUGAAUGAAAUCAUUUUUAAAGGCUUCAUGGAUUGUGUGCUUAAUCAUUUUUUAAAACAACGUAAAAAACUAUUUUUAAGUUUCCAACUUCCUCAUGAAAAAAAACAAACCUACACUGGGUAACCAUGGUUCUCUAAGGAUUCAAAUGAUUUGGAUUGAGGUCCCUAAAGUUGGAGGAAACUUGGAAAAUCUAGAAAGAAAAUAUGGAAAGAGUAGAUUUAAUUAUAAAACAUGGAAGAAGGGGAAAAAAGCCUUUAUUCCUUACUUUCUUUUUAUUCAUUUUAUUUUCUAUAGUUGGUCAAGCCUAGCUCUUGACUACCACCCCUAGUGAUCAAGAUGACAGAAGUGUUCCUAUCCUGCAUUCUUCAUUGUUGACAGCAGUGGUGGUUCCCUUUUAUCCAAGCCCUAAAGACAAGGAAAUAUUGCCCCAGGAAAAUUGUUAUGAAACAAAAUUUCUAACUAAAUCACCGACAUAUAAAUAAGAAGAGGGGGGUAGGGUUUUGUUUGUUCUUUUAGAUAUGGGAAACCUAUAUUUUAUAUCUAAUGAACACUUUUUUAUUCUAUUCAAUUGUAUAAAUUCAGUAUAUCGUAUACAACUCUGGCAUGUCAAUUGUGUUUGUACUGUAGUCAUAAGAAAUAUAAUGUCCAUUUGGUCAAGAGAGCCACAGACAUCUGUGCUGUCCCCAUCGUUUAAUGCAUACCAACAUGUGGGAGGUCACCAGCCUUUGAAUAAGCUUUAUCUCUUCCUCUUUACUUCUUACUUUCCCUUUUGAAGACACAGUGAGGGUAGAGAGGGCUCUAGAUUCAAGACCCCAAAUUAAGGACUCUUUUUAUCUGACAUUCUGGAGUCUUCUUCUAAUUGUUAGUACAUUCCUAACCCAAUUUGACCUGAUUGUUCAAGGGUUUCCAACAUUUUGAGUAUUGUAUUCUCAACUAUGGGGUUUACUUUUUUUCCUUCUGCUUCCAUUUUUAUCCCAAACAAUAUUGAUACACAUGACUGAUAAAUCUGUUUUCAAAGUGUUGGGAGUUUGUCUUGUUCUCUUUGUUUGUUUAAACAAGCUUCACAUUUUUCAGGUCUUUCCCCCUACUAAUCUACUAAAGACUAACAGUGAUGGUGUGACUUGGAGUACCAAUGAUCUCACAUUAAAUGAGAGGCAUGGCCACUUGGAAAGGGUUGAAAUUAUUCCCACAUUUUUGAUCCUCUUCUUUCUUGGACAAGCAGAGCUCAAAGUUGACAGAAAGCUUGGGAUGGUCCCAGGGUAAAAUCCUUAUUAGAUUUCCUUUUAGGAUCUAAGAUGUAAAAUUUUGUGUGUAUGAUUGCUGUCCCUAAAGUGUAUAAUGGUCUCAAAUAUAUAUAUAUAUAAAUAUAUAUAUUUUUACACUCUUAACCAUAAUGUAUUUAAAAGGUGUCUAGAAAGGCACUUUUGACUUCUGUUCCCCAGCCUGUUGAACUGGCUAGCUGGUAGAAUGGGGACAAAAUGGGGAAAAUUCUGAGUUAGUACUGAUAUUGGCUAAUACUUAUAGAGAUACUUGGAGAUCUGACCAGAUACAUCCUUGGCAAAAUGGAGGUCCUGCUUCUAGUCCAUUUGGUAACUUGUCAUAAAAUACUGUAUUGAUUGCAUGUGUAUUGUUGCCUAUGAAAGAAUUAAUUGUGUGAUAGCAAGCAAUCAGUGUUACUAUUUGUUUGGAAAGUAUUAGAAAACUAUCAUAAGGAAACUCAUUACAAACAAAAUAGUGUCCCACUUAUUUUCAGAGAUCAAGUCCUUAUCUGUUAAAUGAGGGGGCCUAAUCUAGAUGACCUCUAAUUUAUUUUCCAGCUCCAAAAUUAUAUGGUUCUAUUUCAGACCUGUAUUAAACUUCACUCACUCCUUUUCAUCAACCCCUCACCCCCUAAAUUUCAUAUACAUCUUCACUUUGUUUCUUGUAUAUGACCAAGACACAGAAAAUUGAGGGAAAGAUUGCAUAGACUAGUGACUCACAGGAGAGAGGGCAUCAUUUAAAAUUAAACCUCAUUUGAAAAGUUUAAGGUCUUCAGUACAAUAACUUCAAUAUAAUGAAGCAAGAAAUUCGUGGCAACACUUGAUAUGAUAUUUUUUCUGCCUGUUUGUCAUAGAAAAACUAAUACAUUUGUUUCCUAUAAAAUGGAGAUAAGUGUUGUAGUUGAUACAAAAGAGGACCUCUGUGGAUUCUUAGAUGGUACAACAUCCCAAAAUUAAAUUAUUUGUUUUCAAUUUGGAAGCCCCAAAAUUACUUGUUUCCAUUUGAAAGCCCAAAUGCAUAGAACUCAAAUUAAAAUAACUUAUAUGCAACACUAACUUGUCAGAUUAAGUUCAUAUUUAUGAUAGUAUUUAACAAUAUUUUGAAUAGACUUAUAAGAUUAUAUACACUUACCACCAGAAGGCAAGCAUCCUUAAAGAGGAUCAACUCUCUCUCUCUCUCUCUCUCUCUCUCUCUCUCUCUCUCUCUCUCUCUCUCUCUCUCUCUCUCUCUCUCUCUCUCUCUCUCUCUCUCUCUCUCUCUCUCUCUCUCUCUCUCUCAUCAUUAGCAAGAAGUAAACUAAACUAAAGGAGCAAAGUAGUCAUUCAUUUUUUUUUGCAUCUUAUACUCUAUCAUAUUUAUCUAUCCAAUCAGAAGUGAACAACUCCAAAGUAAUGUCUCAAAUAUUUAAAAAAUUGGAAUAUGGCAAUAAGAAAACUCAAUCUGUCUUUGAGUGGAAUUAGUUCUUAAUUCAAUGGACAUGUGAUAUUGUCAAUUAGGCCCUCCUUUCAAUGAUGCAAAUUGCAAAUCUUUGAUACCUGCCCAUUCUGAGUGAUUCUUGCCCCUGGUUUCCCAUAAAUAUUCCACAGAAAACUUGCUCCAGAUAUCUUGACAUUACAGGAAGAACCCAGGAGCACCUGGGCUGUCCAUAAGCCAUCAAAACGUACCAUUUGUUGGACAAUGAGUAUUAUACUUUUCUUACUAAUAUGUUGAAGAGUAAAAAAACCUGUUUUGGGUGGGUUGGCAAAUACGAGUAUAUUCUAGGACAAUGAUUUAAUAAUAUUCCAGUCAAUGAAAUGUGAAUUUAAAUGUAACCUCUCUUACAUGGAUCAACAUAUGAAUAUGCUUUGUUUCCUGUAUACAUUGUACACAUAUGUAUGUUUGCAUUAAAUAUGAAUUGCAAAUGUAAGACUCGUAUGAAUGAACAAGCAUAUUUCCCCUCUCAGACCAUGGCCUGGAUUAAGGGUCAUAAAGCUUUGUUUAAUUUUUGGAAGUUUGUAAACUAUGUUGAUUAGAGAAGCAGAAAUUAAAAUCCCCAACAUUUAUGACAUCAGACUGAUCUUCUUAAGGAUCACAAUGUAUCAAUAUUACCCAUUUAUAAUAUUUAUGAUUUUAAGAAGGUCAACAAACCCUAUUUCCUUCAUUAUCCCUUGAAACAAGGCAGAAUUUUAAAGUAAGUUAAGAUGAAUGGAGAUGAAAACUGAAGUUUACAAAUCUACUGAUGAAAACAAAGAGUUUUAGGCUGUACGUUUGAAAUUUGUUAAAAAAGGGGUUAAAAUCACUGGGGAGAGGGGGAAAAUCAAGUCAGGAAAAACACUGACCUUUGACAUUCCUUUUGAUUUAAUGGAACUUGCUAUUUAACCAAAGGGACCAUUGCUAUCUCAACACCACUCAAUGACACCCUCACUUGAUAACAGUUCUCUAAGACUUUCUCAUAUAGUUUAAUGUUGUCUUUCCUAAUUAAGCCCCACUACCAACUACAUCACACUCAUGUUGUAUGUUAAAAUCCAAUGUUUUAGAUUUGUUUUGCACAUUUAAAUUAGUUCCCAUCCUUGUUCACUGAAGAUGUUCCAUAUCAGCUGAGACAGAGGGCUAAGUGCUAAGAAAAGUUGCCCAGAAAAUGCAUGCAAGAAGAUAAAACAAGAACAUUUAGGAGUCAACAUUUGAGUCUUACCUAUGCACAGGGUGUUUCAGCAAAUUCUCCUGAAUAAUAAAAAGCUUGGCAAGUACAUACACACUUAUUUCAACUUUAACUGAUACAAGCCACUUUGAAAGUGGGUUAAACUUAGAUGAGUUCACACCACACAUUUGGCAUUUAUGGAUUUUAAUUUAAGGGAAAAAAUUAUGAACUUUACCUACAUGAUCAAAGAGUUCAACAGCAUUAAGAUUAAUCAUAAUCAUAAUGCUCUGACUGAACAUUUAUGCAUUUUAUUAAUCAUUUCUUAAUGAUGAAUGUAAUCCACACCCAGUACAAUAGAUUAGAAAGUAGGUAGAUGUUAUGUUUAUUUCCAACUGUUAAACAGUGUGGAAUAAUGGAAAGGGACUGUAUUUGGAGUCAGAAGACCAGGAUUCAAAUCUUAGCUCUAGCAAUGACUUACUUGUUGGGUACCAUUAUGAGACUUGGUUUCCUCAUUUAAAAAUGGAGAUGAUAAUGCUGACACUACCUACCUCACAGGGUUGUUGUGAGGAAAGUGCUUUGUAAACCCCAAAGCACUAUACUUGUGAGCUAAUAAUAACUGUCAUUAUUCACCUUUAUUUCACUUUUGUUUAUGUUUUGUAAAGAAACAUUCCUAGUGCCUAAGAUGAAGAUUGUGUUUCAAGGAGACUUCAAUGUGUAUCAUGUUUCUCCUCUUUCAAAAAAUGAUUUGCAAAUGAAAUCCACUCUUCUGUUGGCAAUGGUUAUCGGGAAAAAAAAAAACCUUGAGAAAUAAGUCACUCCACAUCUGAUCAAAUGUUACGUUCCAUUAUGUUUGGACUCCAUUUUUUGGGGGAGAUGUACAUUCCUGUUCAUGAUUUUAAAGGAAAGAAAUAAGAACUGAUUUUAAUAAUCAA